UGAUCAUCAAAUGAUGACUUCGUUUAUUUAACGAUGAGCAGCAAAACCGGCUUUCCAGAAUCUCAAUACAAAGUAAUUUAAAUGACGGGUUCCACAAUAUUCACAACUACAUAGUGUAGUCUAGAUCUAGUGAAUCAUAUCUAGUGUAAUUAACAUUACGUAAUAGAUUUUUUGUGGGUAUGUUCCCGGAGAUAAAAUUUUACUUAAAUCAUGAAUUUUUUCAAACGUUCCCGCUAAAGCUCCUUGGCAUAUUUGUAUCACGUGACCAUCAUCGAUCCAAUGGUUGAACGCUUCUCGGGUCCAUUCAACUCAACUUUGCGAGCUCCGUGGAGUGGCGUGGAGAGGGCAACUUCACAAUUCCGAUUCUAUUCAUAAAAGGAAAUGUUUUUAUAUUGCUGUCUCUCUUACUCAUGUAAAAAAUUGUAGUGUUUGAGUGAAGUAGCAAUAUGUUUGAUUGGAAAUUAUUGAAAGCUGGGCCAGGCAGGCCACUUCAGACCAGUCGCCAUGUAAAUUUUUUUGAUGUGGGUGUUGUGUCUCGGCACGUCAAAUGCUUCAAUGAAUUUUAUUAUUCUCAAAAGAACAUUGAUUUCGUGUAAAUCGUUAUAUUAUUUGUAAAUUCGUGCUCAUUCUUAGUCCAUAUUGUGAACAGUGAAACAUAUUGUGUUGUGAUUGUGUACCAUCUAAUCUGGUGACGGCGGGUAAUAGAUUGGAGGGGGAGCUGCUAAAAUACUACGAUAGGAUAGUAGAGACGUUUUACUACUCGGGAAGUCGGGAGCGCUAAGCGCUUACAAAAUUUCUCAUCUCGACGCGAGCGAUUACGGUCUUCCAUUUUGUUUUAAUAUGCAGUUUGGUUGUUUACGGUGUGCAUCGUGUACAGAGCAAUUGCAAGCCACGAAGGCAGGUGCGAUAACAGCAGUGGGUGCUAUGUGGUAGCGGGAGGCGGUGAUGCAGCGAGAGCACGCGGGCGGCGCCCCCCCGCCGCAGGCCUCCGCCCCCGCCCCCGCUCACCCUCAUUAUCGUUCACACGGCCACUACCCUGAUAUUGAUGAUCAGAUUCCUGCUUCUGUGAUAAGCAGUGUCGGCACAGUGAGCCUGUCACAAUCAUCUACCAACCAUAAAAACAUAAACAUGGCCAAUCCGACUAAUCUCGGCAACGCCAGCAGCGGCAACGCUACUCAGUCGACGGUCCAUCAAACGCCAACUCAAAACCCAGUGAGGAAUCUGCCCAAGAAACGCAAAUUUGACCCUUCCUCGCUAGAGGAGAUGCAGCAGACCUGUCCCAAUAAUAACACGAUCAACACUUCGACGGCGUCGGUACUCGACUUCCACAACUAUCAACGGCCAGUGCUCCAACCAUCGCCAAUUGUACGGCAAUCUCCACCCCAAGACGUGAAGCCGUUUUUCAUCCAAUACCCAAACAUUGAUUUGUCCGAAUGGCGUGACCACCGAGUUUUGGCCAAGCAACGGGGCUUUUAUGUACCCGGAGCGAUAAGACAUGCCGAAGGUUGUAAAGUGACAGUAGAGUUAGACGGUUAUGAAAACGAACCUGUCGAAUACAGUGACGUGUUUGGUAUGAACAAACUGGAUGUUAUCGGCGAUGCCAGCCCGCAGAUGAGCCAUUUGCUGAUGGGUCUGCCGUGCGUCGUGCGUACCUCUGACCCCAAUCGAGAAAACGUUCAAAACGUAUUCGUCGAAGGUUUCAUCUUAGAGGUGUUAAAUUCGCCUAUAAGGAUACGCGUUGAGGUGAGAGAUGGCGACCUAUGCAAGCAGGCGGUGGAAGUGAAGCGGGCGGAUAUCCGGCUGAUGCAGCCACCCUGGGCUGAUGAACUGGAAGACGCCGGCUCCCACGUGUCCUCGUCACUGCACGCGCAUCCAAUGCGAGUACACCAUCCGCCGCAUCAGAUCGGCGGCGACCACUUCUACACUUCGUCUCCGAUGCCCGGGGCCGGUUCGGGCGUGGUCACGGUCGGGGCGCUUUCGAACGGUUCGAUGGACGAGCUCAGGAAGCGAACCUUCGACGACUACCCGGAGAGCGAUGACGAAUUGCGCCGCGAGGACAUCAUGUUCUCAACUGACGUAUCGCACAUGGAUUGCAGCAACAGUAAACGCAGCAGCCUACAGAGCCGAGGCAGCGCAUCGAGUCUGCUUGAGCGCAGUCUCACACCCCGAUCUCAACCCCCUACGCCUAGAUCUCAAGCGGCAACCCCGCACAAAUAUAAGAAGGGCGAUGUCGUAUCAACUCCGACCGGUAUAAGGAAGAAGUUCAACGGCAAACAGUGGAGGCGGCUGUGUUCGAAGGACGGCUGCACUAAGGAGAGCCAGCGGCGGGGCUUCUGCUCGCGCCACCUGUCGCUGCGGGGCGUCGCGCGCUCCUCCAACACGCCGCUCGCGCAGGGCUCGGCGCACACGCCGCAGCAGAGGAGUAGCAGUAAAUCUUUGUCGUCUAGCGGCACGGGCGUCGAGGGAGACGAAACGUCCCGGGAGAGCGACACCACGCCCCCUCACUACAGAGUCACGGGGAGGUUCGACCCCGACGAGACCGAGGCCGCCAACAUGCUGGUGUCGCUGGGCAGCUCUCGGUCGGGCAGCCCGGGCGCGUCCCCGGUGGGCGGGGGCGGGUCCCCGGGGCUCCGCAACAACCUGUUCGUGCCCAUCUCCUCGCCGCAGCCCCCGCACUCCGCCCCACACACCGCGCUCUACCACCACCAUCUCAUCAGGCCUGAAGUGAGACCGGGAAGAGUCAGUUCGCCUAUCGGAGGAGUGGCCACCAGCGUUAUAAGAGUCUCACCCGCCCCGAGCUAUCACUAUCCGGUUGAAAACCGGAACGGAACAUCAGUAUUAAACGCUCCUUCGUCGCAGUCAAACGUCGUUGGUGCUCAAAGUGCGGGCCACACCGCCCAGAGCUUGAUACAGACGAGUGUGACGGCGCCCUCCGGCGUGUCGCUCAACCUUAACGCCGCGAGCCAAGCCGGCGCCGCCCCCACCGCGCGCCCCGCCGACUUCGCACAGAACCUGGUCGUGCACAGAGCCGUGCCCUCCGCCAACGGCCUCGACCUGGACCAUAACAUGUACCGCCAGUCGCUGCUGAGGAACGGCAUCCACGAGUCGUAUCGCCGCGAGACUGAUGUGUCGCCGCCCUUGAGCCACGAGAACUUUGGGAAACGGAGGGCCUCCGAGUACGAGGACGACGACCACUCCGUGCCGCAGCGAGACCACAACGUGCUCCGUAGCGUGAUGGACAGGCCUCCGGAACUAUCAGAGGCUCGAGUGACCGUGGAGGAAAAGAGAAUAUUGAAGCCUUCGCCACUGCCGGCCAGGUUGCUUCCCGUCGUGCACCCGGAGGUCAAGCAAGAACCGAUCAAAACUGUCUAUGUGAUACCGCAGAAUAUUAUGGACAAAAAGUAUUUUUUAAUCAAAAACGAACCGCCUGAAACCGUCCAUAUAGAACAAAAGUUGAAUCACAUGACUCAGCAAUUAAACAAGAACGAUUCAGAGACCGAACACAGAAGUUUGGAUAAUGGUGACCACGUAAACAGUAUAAACGUGAACAGCAGUGCCGUGAUAGUACAUCCGAAUCAGUUGUUGCCCGUUCUACCGCCGCCCACGUCACAUACGGCCAUUAUCGUAUCGAGCGGAGUAUCGUGCGGUGCAUUCCCGUGGCAGUCCCUGGUGCCGCUACUGAGCGCCCCCAGCCCCGGGCCCGCCUCCGCGCCGCCCUCCCCGCGCACCCCGCACACCCCUCACACUCCGCACACGCCGCACACACCGCACACUCCUCACACCCCGCACACGCCCGCGCACAUCAAGUCUGAAGACCAGAUCAAGACUGAGACUAAUGACACGGUGACGUCGAUGUGUACAGACGAAGAUGACGAAGUGUUCGAAUGCGACGAGCCGGCUUCGGGCGAGGAUUCCAACAAGCGACGCUCUCAAAGCUUAUCGGCUUUGAAUUCGCCCGCAAGCACCUCUGAAAAGAAAGAGCGCCGCAUAAGACGUCCGAUGAACGCGUUCAUGAUAUUCUCGAAGCGACAUCGGCAAGUCGUCCACCAGAUGCAUCCGAACCAGGACAACCGCACCGUCAGCAAGAUACUCGGCGAGUGGUGGUACUCCCUCAAGCCUGAAGAGAAACAGAAGUACAAUGAAUUGGCCACCGAGGUGAAAGAAGCUCACUUCAAAGCACAUCCGGAAUGGAAAUGGUGUAACAAAGAUCGUAGGAAAUCUUCGAGUAGCAAAGAUCCCACUGGGUCUAUACCGCAGAGUCCUCGUACUCCUUCAGAAGUACCGAGCAGCGCUCUCCCGAGCUCAGUGGACGUUCCAGUUAAUAUCUCCGCCUACAACCACGUCGGCUCGCCGCAGCUGAGCGACGACGAACCCAUGAUAACUCAAAUGUGUACCGAAACUCCCGCCUCGUCUCAAAACCUUGAGAUAGAUCUCAAAUGCGGUGAGAAGGUCACGGAUUCUGAUUCCGAGGGUAUCGAUACGAGGGAUUACCUACCUUCGCAUCACGAUCACACGAGAAGACCUAAACCCAUUAAAGCUAGAGCCGGGUCAUCCGACAAUUUAUUGGGCGGCAUCACGGCUUCCAGUCCCGGCGGAUCUAAAGUGUUCCAACCCACCGGUGGAGCCUUCAAGUCUACACAUGCGGAUCCGGGCGACGGUCACCGCCAGUGGACUGCGUUCAGCACAGUGAACAAAACGGCUAUGCCCAACCAAGUACCUAGCUCUCCUCACGUACCGCAGCCGCCACAGAGCCAGCCAACCGCUAACAGCACGCAGAGCCUCGCCACCAGCGUUCAAGGGAUAACACUAAACACGCCCAAUCUAUCGACGCAAGCCGCUCUCGAUAACGCCAUAGCGUCGAUAAUGAACUCCCCCACGGCCACUAGUGGUGUGCAAGUGAUAUCGAGCGGCAUAUCGAUGCCGAAUCAAUCGACUCAACAAACUUCGACAACAUCAGCUCUGAGUAACGCUCUAUUGAGGAGUGUCACAUUUGUAAAGAAGACGAUCGCUGAUAAUCCUCUGUGUCCGCUAACGUUGUCGGUGGACGCAUCGGGCAACUUGCUGCUGAAGCCGAGCGAGGCCAGCGACGGCGCGCACACCGAGAUGCAUCAACAGCCUCUGCACUACGUUCACUUGCAGAGACUGUAUCUACCGCACUUCAACACGGUAGAUACAAGCAGCCCCGCAACUCAGACAAAUCAACAGCAACAACAGCAACAGCAGCAUCAACAGCAACAUCAACAACAGCAUCAGCAACAGCACCAGCAGCAACAGCAUCAACAACAUCAACAACAACAGCAACAUAUUCAACAACAACAGCAACAUAUUCAACAACAACAGUAUCAGCAACAACAACAACAACAUCAGCAGCAACAACAACACCAACAACAGACGCAACUGCAGCAUCAAUUGAACAUGCAAAAUGGUCCAACCGUGAUCGUCUCUCAGAGCAACAGUCAUCCCUUACCCAAACCCAUAUCUGAGUGGGGGGAAGUGGAGGAAACCCGCCCUUUCCCGCUGGCGCCCACGCCUGCGCAGCUUGGACGGGCGCCUUUGCAAAAGAGACUCAGUCGGGGCACCUCGACGAGCUCAUCGAACUCCAACGAGCAGACUGCUCCGCCCCCGGACAGCAGCAACGCGUCGCAUCAACUGAAUCAGAACAUGAACGAGCCCUCGCCCUCGCCGCAGCCGCCCCCCUCCGCCGACAACCUGCCCAGUCCCUCGCACAAGAAGAGCCUCUUCAAGAAAGGCAACGAAGAUGGACGUGACAAAGUGCUGGAAACGGUGAAUUUCGAGCAGAAAUUCAGCACCCUGCCGCAAUUCAAGCCGGAGGCGUGCAGCCCUAGCGCGAUGGUCGUGCCGCGGAGUCCGCAGCUCUAUCUCAGGAAGAAAAAGCUUGGUAUAGACGACGAAGGCAAUACGAUCGUGACGCCUCAAAUAGAAUCGGAAGUGCUGAACGGGAACGGCAUCCCGACCCCGCACACCUCCACCAACAAGCUGGUCGGGAACACGUUUUUCGGACCGGACUUCAAUCUAGAGACGUUUCGAGUGUCGGAGAGCGCGGAGGAGAUGUCGCCGCGCACGCCGGUGUCGGGCCCGCGCGGCGAGGCCGGCCACCGCAAGGUGUUGGAGCAGCGCCGCCACCUCGUGCUCAAGCUGUUCAAGGACCACGGCAUGUUCCCGACGACACAGGCAACGACCAAUUUCCAGGCAACUCACAUGGACAUAUUCCCAACAAAAACAUCCCUGCAAUUGAAGAUACGCGAAGUUCGACAAAAGCUGAUGGCGCAGUCGAACAACUUGACACCGCAUUCGGAGGUCAACACACCGACGAAUGUGAAUUCGCCACUCGUGUCGGCUCCAUUGCAUUCCACGUCGACGGCCAGUUAGCGACGACGUUACACCAUCUCCAUUGUAGUGCAGGAGUGAGAGAAAUGGUGACCACAAUUUUAAUAAAAAAAAAAAUUAUAAUAAUUUCUUACUAAAUUGUUUUCAAAACAAUUCGUUGUUAGAGUAGAGAUGUUCUGUAACGUGUAAAGAAUAUGGUUGUGUAUGAGGUUUUCGCACUUCGACAUGAAACGUUCUAGUGAAAUAUAUAAUGCUAAUGAAUGCGUUCAUGGUUCACACGCACAUUUAAAAUCAUAAAAUAAUAAAAGAAAAAGGUUUUAUUAGAUUAAAACAACAAAAAAAAUCAUAAAAAAGUCUGUUUUCUUAGGAUAUUCUGUAUGGUGCGAAAGGGUUUUCAUAAAUAUAAAUUCCAUUGUUGCGUUGUUGUGAAUUAAUUAUUGUGUAUGGCAGUGACAGCGAACUGUGCUUAGUGCGAGUUUUUUAACGUUCUGGAUAGCGUAAAAGUUAGCUCAUAUUUGUAUGGAAUGGGAUCGUUUGCCUACGUUUGCCGCUAGGGGCGCUGUUCCAAUUGCAUACAAAAUUGAGCUAACUUUUACGCUAUCGAAAACGUUAAAAAACUCGCACUAAGCACACAGUUGUUUUUGUUGUUAUGUGUUUUCCGUGUUUCUGUCUACCUUGUUCUAAAUUUGAUAAGCAAGCGUGAAAGAGGACAGGUGUUAAUAUAAACAGGGUGUGAAAGUUUUGUAUCCUCUAAUUGGCAUGAUAAUUUUGUAUCGCACACCAAACAAUACUAACUCACAGGUCGAUGGAAACUUAAAUCAUUCGCUUACUGUUACGAUAAUGAAAAAGAGACAUUUUAAAAUUCGAAUGUAACAAAUGAUAAUAUCGAUGUUUUUGUAAUUAUUAUUUCGUUUGUAAAUAAUAAGCGUUUUCGGAAUACAUAUUAUUAUGUAAUUGUAGUGUUAAUUAUAUUGAAUUUUUGAUUUUAGAACGAAACAUUCUAUUAUGUUUAUCGAAAGAGCCCUAUAUAAUAAAGUUUGGUAAAUUUUAUCAAUGGAGAAAUUUAGCCGUGCAAACGUCUGGGAACGUUUUGCAAUGUAAUUUUGUAAGUUUGAAUAUGGAAUGGAGCGUGAUUCGUCCGCAAUCUAUCGAAUUGUUUCGCGGAAUCCGAAAGAUUUGACGAACGAACUUUUUUUUUUUAAUAACAUGCCGAGUACAUCGUCAUUUGGGCACGAUCUCAGUACAUUUUACAUGUAUAGUAUUUUAAGCGUGAACGGUGAUGUGUGAGUGUAUAAAUGAAAUCGCACACAUACGUAACCUGUGUCUCUUGUCACAGAUUUGGUAUUUCCGUACGCCAAAGUAAAUAAGUAUUUCGUUUGAAUAUUCUCAAAACAGAUUUCGUUUGAAUAUUCUCAAAACAGUUAAUCUUUUAAUAAAUCGUAUGUAGAGUAGAUAUACAUUUAAAAUUUCUAGUUAAAGCCAUAUAAAUCAUUCAAUAUCAAUCAAUUUUGUUGGGUAACAUGUCAUAUCUUACAUACAAAUAAAAUACACUGUGUUUUAAUCAAAACAUAUGAAUAUACAAAUUAUGGGUUAAUUGGAUAAGUGCAAUUAUAACAGUUGACUAAAUGUCGAAUCUGUUUGCUGUGGUGAUUUUUAUAUGUAGUCAAUAAUUAUUAUUAAAUCGAUCCUGCAUUUAUAUGACUAUAGUAUAAUAUAAUCUUGUUAUGAAGUAAUGUUGCAUAAUGUUUGAUACAUGGCAACAUUUGAUUUAUGAAAGUCACGGUUUUGAGUUUGCAACAGAUCAUGUUUUCCUAAUAAUCAUAAUCAUUAAUGGUUUUUGUUUGUUUGCUCAUAUUAAAAUCAACAUUUGAAUUAACCUGUUAAUGACUUGCCUAAUUAAUUAAUACAAAAUUAGAGUCGAACCGUUAUUUUUAACGAAUAGAAAUUGAUCACACAAAAUGGUGCGAUGUGACAAUAUUGCAUGUACGUUGUGUACAUACAUUACGACAAAGUAACGAUAUAUGUAUAUUAUAUAUAAAUAAAUAUUGGUGCAUUCAUGUUAUGUUAUUGUUUAAGAAUAUUUUGUAUCGUUUUCUAUAUUUAUGUUGUGAUGUUAGUCUUCCAUGUGUUUGAAUAGAUUUUUUUUUUGUUUUUUGUCAUUUAUUAGAUGCGCAUAUUUAUUUAAAUACUUUGAAAACACUUCGGAGUUUAACAUGAAACUUUGCGAGGCACGUGUUAUCGUGCCGAGGUUAAUAUUUAAAUUUAGCUUAAAAUGAAUAUAAAAUGGAUAUAAACUUUAAUUGCAAAAAACAAAGUUUAAUAGAAAGCAUCAUUAAAAUGUAUGAAAAUUGAAUUAUCCAUGAAUUGUUUAUAUACAAACAGCUCAAAUCAUUAACGACACUAGAUAAAUGAAAUACGUUAUAAUCUCAUUGUAAAUAUUAGAAAAAUAAUUCUAAUUAGUGCUAAGUAUUCCCGGCUCUCAAAGUAAUUAGGGAUUUUCUUAUAAUUUAGGUAAUGCUAAUUCUUGUAGAUAAAUUGAGAGAAAAAAAGAGAGAAAUAUGUAGUUUAUAUACUCAUGAAAUUUUCGGCCAAUAAAAUAUAUGUGUAUAUAUCAAAAUUGUAUUUUUUAAAUGAUCUCUUUGGGACGAUAAUUAAUAGUUUGUACAUAAUUGCUUUAGGAGUCUGGAAAUGAAAAUGAAUUUAUUAAAUAAAUAUAAGAGAUAUUUUCGCACUGUUAUAAUAUUCCUCUGUAAUCGCGUACAUAUUAGUAGUCAUACCAAAACUCGGCAUUGUUGAUAUUCUACAGAAGAUCUGUGAAUUUUUUUUUAAUUUAAUUUUUCUUUUUACAGUUUUUGGUAUAAUUCUAAUACUACGCGUCAGUCAGUUGAGUCGCUUCUUAGUUGUCCUACGUUUUUUUUUAAAUCACAUUAUAUAGUGCUGUUUUGUUACCAGUUAACCAAUAGUAGAGAUGCGUAUUGUGGGAUGUCGAUUUCACUAGGAUCGAUCUUUUAUUUUCUAAUUAUAUUCAUAAUGAUGCUUAAUAUUCCAAUGCCUGUUUCCCUUAAGCUUUUGAGAUACCGCUUUCAUUUAUACAGUAUAAAUGUUUAUAUAUAUAUAUAUAUAUAUUUUUUAAUAAAUCGGUGAUUUUAUUUAAUGCAAUAUAUUUAGUCACGAUUUUACGAUUUUUAUUUAUAUGCAAUCUCUUCGUUUGUUUUCUUAUAAGUACACAGUAAAUUGCUGUACUCAAAUUAUGUAGCAACAUACUCUUCGAAUUUGAAUUGUUCAAUUAGAGCUCGAGGACUACACGACUCUGUACUUUAGGACUACACAAACUUUAAUUUGUACACGACUUUUAUAAGAAAACGACCAAUAUUAUUUUUAUUUUUACUUCCAUAUAACAUACAAUCUGUUGCUUCCCAUACAUAACAUAAUAAUAAUAUUAAUUGGAGAAAUAGUUUCGUGAUUUAUUUUUACGGUUGUUUGUAUUGAAUGUUUCGAUUUGUCAAAAGCUGUCCAUCCAUCUUUUUAGUUUUCCCUUGUUGAUAUUUUGUAAUAGUGAAACUGGUUGAGUUUGUGAGCGAAGUGUCUAUUGUUGUUUUAAUAACAAAUAUGAAACGAAUGUGUAUGCAAGCUGCGUAUUGCUAGUGCCUUAUUGACUUUCGAAUCUUAGUGUGUGACUAUGGAGCAAUAAUAUUGUAUCAUUUUAUUUCGAUAAGUGCUAUUUCUGUAUCUCCUAGGCUUUGUCAGUCAAUAACGAGUGGAUAAUAAGCAGUUUUUUUUUUAUUAGACUGAAUUAAUUUUGAAGCAUGUAACAAUUUAAAGUAUAUUUUAAGAAAUGUUAGUAGUUAUUUGAAAAGGGAUAUUUUAAAUGAAGCAUUUCAUAUUCGUUAUUUAUUUCUACACAAGGCAUUAGUCUUAGUUGUUUAGUCGGAAUGGCGUAAAUGUAAAUAUCUUGUUUAGAUGUUUUAUUUAGGUUUAAUAAUUAUCGAUUUAAUGUAUAUUAGAUUGGAAAAUAGUGAAAAUUUAUGAUGUGAAUGUUUUUGAACGAAAAUUAUGAAGGACCAACAAAUGGCACUGUUAUUCUCACUGUCACUUGUAUUACAUCGAAGCGGAACACGAACGUACGCACGUUUUCAAUUUAUCAGCAUUGUGGACAGUUUGUUCGAGCAUAUUGGAUCAUUGUACGAACUUAUGUUAAAACAUAAAAAAAUCCUUAAAAACAA